AUGGAUUCGCCGUUUACUACCAUCGCUCAUCAUGGCUCCAGAGAGGUCAUAUGUGCAGCUUACGACAAAGAGAUUGCACGAGCGCUGAAUGCAUUAUUGGCCCUCAAAGCCAAACGAAACAGCGCCGCCCCUAUCUCGAUUCUUCCGGACGAAAUACUUUCCCUGAUCUUCCUACACUACGACACCGUCUCCAAGGCUGCUAUGAAAGGACACUGGGUCAGGCUCAUGCUCGUCUGCCGUCGGUGGCGCACCAUAUGCUUGAACCACGCGAAACUGUGGUCCUUCAUCUCACCAGGGCGUUCUCAAGACCGGAUUCGUCGCUCGCAGAGAGUACCUGAGGGUCCUUUAGCACUUCCAAUCGGAGCGAGGAUACAGCGUUCCGCCCAAGCUCCGCUGACUUGCGAUUUCCACCUUUCAUCCAACAAUCUCCCGGAAUUUCUCGACGUACUCAGGGGUAACAGCCACCGCAUCGGUCGCUUGCACCUCGUAGGCUAUCGUGAGGUCCUUGACAAGGCGUUCAGCGAAACUACGGACUUUCCUGCGCUCGAAGGUAUUGAAUUGGAGUACAAAGAUCCCUGGCAGUUUGAGGACGAUGACCAGAUCGAGUCCCGGAAUUGGACGUUGUCCGAGGCCUUUAUGGAUCGUAAUGUUCAACGUCUGCACUCAUUUCGCCUUCGCGCCGUUCAGCUUGCGGACAGUACAGGCUUCAACAUCCUCACCAAUCUUACCUCCCUCGAACUCUCCAAUGACGAGGAUCGCUCGACCGCCAUCCUACCUUCGCUUCAGGACGUCGUGUCACUUGUCUUACGCUCUCCUCGCCUCACAUCCCUACGUCUCACCGACUACUGGAGCGAAAACGAUACAGAAAUCAAAGCUCUAAAUCCCUUUCCUCCUAUGACGCUGUCCCACCUGGAGCGGCUCGUUCUCAACGGUGGAGCCGAUGCUCUUACGCUCCUCGCCAAGUCCCUCGUCAUUCCUCCCGCGGCCUCCCUCAAUUUCUUUCUACGAGGCCUCUUGGACGGAGAAAGUAUACGAAAGUUCAUCGUUCCUCUUCGACGUAUCCUGCAUCGGCCUGGUGUUCCAAUAAUCCGCUGCAUCGACAUCGAGCCCGCCUCUCACUUUCACAGCUUCCGAGUUUUUUCAGAGGACAUUCCACGCUACACUCGCGAUCAUUCAUCUACGCUCCUUGAAAUCACGUUCAGCUCAUCCACUUUCUUCACCGCGAGCAAGAUGUUCGUCAAGUUCAUACACAUGCUUCCGAUUCACCCGUCGUCCAACCUCAGCCUGUCAUUGACCAAAACCAUGUUCAAUCGGGGAGAACGUCUUUCGCUAGCAACGUGGAAGAUGUUAUGGAGGGCGCUGCCGCAGUUGAAGAGGGUGUCUAUCGGACUCACGGACGGAAUGGAUUUAAUGCUUCAGGGGCUGAUAGCGGUCUUGGAAGGCGGCGUGAAAGGCACUAGUGGGCGUAGACGACGAAGACUUGCCAGGACCGCUCCCUUGACACCUUCGACGCUCUCACUGCAGCCUCGCUGUCUUAGUGUGGACGGAGAAGAAGAGUAUAACCGGCGGUGUUUUGAGUGUCUGGUCGAGUCGCUGAAGAGAUAUCGGGAUAUGGAGCUGGUUGGAAAGCCGAGUGGGGUGGCUUGGGAUACGGUCAUCUAUGAACAAGUUUCGAACUUGAGCGGGACGGGAAUGUUGAAGGAAUAUUGGCCGAGGCUGAAGGACGUUACGAAGAUGCUGAAGUAUGAAGGUAAAAAUGCAGAAGGAGAUGGCCUCGUAUGA